AUGCUGUUAAAAACCAUAUUUGUUGUGAUAUCAAUUUCUAGUGCUAUUAGUCGUCACGCGGAUCUUAGAGACUAUUAUUUUAAUAGCAGACGAGUUAAUAAAUUAAUAGCAGACAGAGCGAAAGUUCUAGAAGUAAAUUUGCCAAAGAACAGAGAAUAUUUAGAUGGGAUUGCACAUUAUAAAAAACGAGAUUUAUCUAGUAAAGAUGUUGAGAAAGUUACCGCCAUAGAGAAUGAUUUCCGAAGACUUAUUGCAAUGAAAGGUGUCAAGUAUGUCUAUAAGAGGAAUAUGCACUGGAGAACGUGGCGUAAAGUGAAAAUUGACAAUGGUGUGACUAAAAUAGUGUCCUAUAAAUGUAAUAAUAAUUUACGCAAAAAUACCACCGGCUGCGAUAACUGUGGAUCGUGGACGUUGGAAGAGUCACCGCCGUGCCCUGUAGAGAUCUAUUCUAUCAUAGAUGACUCUUGGAUAUGCGUUCACGAUUAUCUCCAGCCGUUGGAAGAUUUUAAUGAUAAUUGUCCAUCCAUGAUAAAAUUCACUGAUCUGCCGCCAACUUGUGACAACCCUACUGACACUAUAUACCGAUUUACAACGGAUUUUGACGCGGCUGGAAAGCAUAAUAAUAUUAUUUGUGAGGGAAAAUAUUAUUGUGAAGUCCUCACAACAUAUUUGAUAUCAAAAACAAAUAUAUCAUUCAGAAUAAUAAAUUCUGAGAACAAAAUUUUAUACUCAAAAAUAAUGAAGAAAAACAAUAUUAACUAUAUGUGCGUUAAAGACUGCGGCCAUUACGAUCCCCGUACUAAAACGGUCACGAAAAUAGACAAGCCGAUGAAAUUGAGUUUACUCACUUCUCGGAAAAAUAAAAGGGAUUUAAUAGGCCAGAAGGAGUCUGAAGACGUAAUAGACAAUCAGCUAUCCAUGCCAAAUGAUGAACACGUCGAGGAAGUAUUUCAUAUCAAUGCUCCUUCAAAAACAGUAGAUACAAAGAAAAUGGAGUUUUUGUUAUUUAUGGAAGACAACUACUGA